AUGUCGGCUAUUCGUUACAAUGGACGGCAAGGAGCUGCAUCACUUCUCUGCCUCUACGUGGUACUUUUUUUAGGCGCUGUUAUGGGCGCUCCGCCCACGGAUGGUAAUUCGGGUAGUGCAGCACCACUGACCGAAGGGAUUGCAGUAUAUGCCACUAAUGAUGUUUGUUACAAUAAUCUGGAGGCCAUGGGAAAACUAUAUCUUGACGCGGAGAACAUAUAUACUGCUUUGUCUGCCUACUCUUUGGCAUUACCUGAAUUCAACACUUCACCAGAAAUUAAAGAAACAGAGCAAAAGGAAUGCGAUGAAUAUAUGGAGAGAAUCGAUAGGAUCAUCAACGAUCUCAGAGAAUACGUCUAUCUAAAAGAGAUACUUAACAAAUACCGUGUCACUAUGGACGAACUUCAAACAGGCAAUUCAACAGAUAAGAGAUUGACUGAGCUCAGUGAUGCUCUGUUGAAUCUAGAGCAAGAAUUCGAAGGUAAAAAGGAGCUAGCGGAAAACAUGAUGACACCUGACAUUUUUGAAUAUUAUUCGGUAAAUAUACGGGACGCGGAAGAGUUCAUUGACAAGCGUACGGUACAGGAACCAACACAGACGACCAAUAAAAAUGCGUCGGCUACUGAAAAGAAGGCUUCCGGUGAUGUGAUCGCGGUAAAGGCGCAACGAAGCAUUGAAAGCAACAUGCGUGAUGCAAAAGAUGAUAAAAAGUCUUCAGCGCAUCUUACAAUGGGAAUGAGGGUUAUGCAGGCGAUGGUAGUUGUUGGCGUGAUUGCGGCGUUCUGA